CGCACAUGGAGGGAACGGAGUAUAUAAAGAGCUGAGGCAUUUAGACUUUGAGAGGCACGCACAAGCAAGGAAAGGGCAAAGUCCCAAAUAUAAUAAAACUGCGUUUGUUAGUUUAAAUAGGGAAAAGAAACUUCAAAGCAAAUUAAUAAAAUUACCAAUAUUUUAGCUAGGGAGUAUUAUUUAACUUUCAUCAGUAAAUUAUUUUCUGGGCAUCAACAAUAAUGGUCGUAGUUCAUCACCGGCUCACUGCAGUUGAGAUAGCCGAAUGCAAAGAAGCCUUCGGCCUCUGUGACAGAGAUGGAAGUGGCAAGGUCAAUGCCAAAGAGCUUGGAAUAGUAAUGAGAUCAUUGGGACAGAGCUUAACAGAAGCAGAGCUGGAAGAAAUGAUCAAAGAAGCGGACACCAACCGGAGCGGCACGAUAGACUUCAACGAGUUCCUUGGGCUAAUGGGCUCUAAGAAAUUGAGUCGUGAGGAGGAGGAUGAGUUGAGGGACGCGUUUCGAGUCUUUGACAAGGACAACAAUGGGCACAUCACAACCGACGAGCUCCGCCACGUAGGGGUGGACACGGUACGUCUGAGCCAGAAGUUGAGUGAUGCGGAGGUGGAGGAGAUGAUGAAGGAGGCGGAUGUGGACGACAAUGGGGUGAUUGAUUACCAUGAGUUUGUGAAUGUUAUCAUGUCCAGAGGUCGACUGAGAAGUUCGGAAAGCAGAGGCCGCAGCGAGAGAGAGAUGCGCAAAGGCAAGAGACAGUGCAAAUCAAAAAAAUAUUGUCUCCCUGAGUACUGUAAAACUUUGUAAUUUACAUAUGUCCUGAAGGGAAAAUAACACUCUGGCACUUGGAUUAUACUCCCUUUGUCCCUAAAUAAACUUUUCUUUUCCCU